GAAGAGCUCAGUGUGUCUGAUGCACAAUGGCUCUCCUCUCACUGUUUCUCUUCACCUCUCUCCUAUCUCACAUAGGACACUGUGCUUAUGUUGACAUGGGCAUAGUGAAUGGCUCGGUGGUUACAGCAAAUUCCAGACCCUACAUGGUUUCUGUCCAAAAAGACGGAAAACAUUUGUGUGGGGGCUUCCUCAUGUCAGAGAACUUUGUCAUGACAGCUGCACACUGCUGGGAAGCAGGGGUGAAGCUGACGGUUGUAGUGGGUUCUCAUGAACUGAAAAAGAGCAAAUCAGCUAUAAGCCAUAUGGAGGUGAAGCUGUACCACAUCCACCCGAAGUUUGACUCAGAGAAUUUGCUCAAUGAUAUCAUGCUGCUCCAGUUGAAGAAAACCAUCAAAAAGAGCAAGAAUAUCAACUGGAUCUCCAUACCAAAAAAAAUGAAUCAGGACGUUAAGGCCAAGCAGGUCUGCAGCAUAGCAGGCUGGGGGAAAAAGUCUGAAAAUGGUGGAACAAGUGAUCGUCUAAUGGAAGUCAAUGUCACUGUCAUAGACACAAAGGUCUGUGAGAAAUCCUGGGGAACACCUUUCUCUGUCUCCAGUUUGGUGUGUACUAAAGGUCGCGGAGGGUUUUGUCAGGGAGACUCUGGAGGUCCUUUGGUGUGCCAGAACACAGCUGUCGGAAUUGUUUCAUUCACAGAUGCAGACUGCAAAUACCCAAAAAAUCCCUACGUCUACACCAAAAUUUCAACAUUUCUGCCUUGGAUUAAUUGUAUUUUAGGACAUGCAAAGUGAGCACUUGGCUAUUAUUUCAUAUCUUGUGUUUAAGUUUUUUCCCCCUUUUUUUCAUGAAAAAAAAACUUAAGUCAGUGUGUGUGUUUGUGUUUGUGUCUUGUAUGUGGAGCAGCUUUCUAUUUAAACUCUGACCUCAUAGGGACUAAAUAUGUGUUUGCUCUCGAGCAAAGUAAAAUGUAACUAAAAUGAAGGCAUUGUAAAACAGGGACGCAGCAAAAUAACCUCACAAAUGAUUUUGUCACUUUGUUGUGUUUACAGUAUGUGGCAAGUCACAAUUAAGAAUUAAUUAAUGAAUUAAAAAUGACUAAAUAAAAUAUUAAAGGCAAAUAUUCUUUUUAAAAA